CCGGGGGGGGGUCUCUCGAUCAGUCGAUCCAAGCGGCACACUCUGGCACCGCUGCGGCGCACUUUUCAUCGCGAGUGAGGAAUCGAACUGCCGCAGGGCUGCCCCUGUCAUCGCGAGAGGGUGUGUGCGCAUUGUGCGCCGAAAUCGAGACCGUGCCGUCCAGGAGCAUGGUGGUAUCAAACUCCUAAGGCGACGCCGCGAUGUCAGGGGUGUUCGAGUUGCCCGUUUUAAUCGCGGCCGGCAGCGCCGCUGCUCCGUACUGCAAGAAACUUGCUGAAAAGAUACAAGAGUUCGUCUUGAAGCGGGCCGGAGAGGAGGUAGACGAGCGCGUCUUCCGCAAGGGCGAGCGAGCCGAAUUCGAGAACGGACUCGAAGACCUCGCAGUACUCCUGGAGAGCGUGGCGCUGAAUCCGGCGGUCGACGACCAGUUUGUCAGGAACACGCUGGAUGGACUCGGAAAGUCGAUCGAGGUCGCCGCGGACGCGAAAUACACGAACGAACGCGAAGCGGCGCGGAACGUUAUUAACGAUCGCAAGAAUAAUUUGAUACUGGCGCUUGUCAACGUGACGUCCGCGAGGGAGUACACCAGGUCCGCUGGCGGAGAAAGACAAACAGGACAGGGCGGAAUCGAAACGCUUUAUACGUAUGAACCGAGCAAGAAAGAGUCGCUCCUCGGUACUGGCGCCUUUGCUAACGUGUACAAGAUGCGAAAUAAGGGCGACAAGCUGAUCUACGCGGUGAAGCUUACCAUGAUCGAGGGGGCAAGGCAGAACGGCAUUAGUAGUAGCGCAGCGUAG